AUGGAUUAUUUGCUUGCUACCGAAAUAUCAUGCGUUCUGCCGGAUGAUGCUAUGAAAAGAAAAGUGGAAAUAUCUUCGGAUUCGUUAUCAUCCGCUAAUCAAAUCACUCCGAUAACCGAAUCCAUUUUCACAGAAUCCCUCAUUGCACACUCUUCACCGAUUCCUCAUUUGUCAGCACUAUCAUUAUCGAUUUCUAAAAUGGGAUCAUUUCCAUCUUCUGAAACAGUGACAGAGCAAGGACCGCUUCUAUUUAGUCCCAAAACGUCUGAAGAAAAUUUUACUGUGAAAAUACUUCCACAAAUCUGCUUGCUUCCUGCUCUCACUGGACCCUGUUCGAAAACAAAAGUAUUAUGGUACUACAAUUCCUUAACUGGUCGAUGUGAAAGAUUCAGUUUCAGUGUUCAUUUUAGUGGUUGUGGUAAUGCGAAUCAUUUCCGCACUCGAAAAGAAUGCGAAGAAACUUGCUCGGUGGAAUAUUUCAUUUAG